CAUGGAAACCGAACAGGAAGAAAGCGCGCGCAGCCCCCCCGCCCCCUCAGUGUCCGCCGCCGCACGCGCACCGGGAGAAGCAGCGCGCACGGACCGACCGUCUGAUCCAGAAGCGGCAUCCUAUCUGUGGCGUCGGUCCGGACCGUCCGAACCGGUCAGUACGUGGCCGACGAGCGUGCGCGCGUGCGUGUGUGUUGGUUCUGCUGCUGUGGACCGGGGGCGCCGCUCCGCCCCGGAACCAACGGACCUUUAAUGACCGGAUUCGUGUUCUGCUGCGCGAUGUACCGAAGCAGCACCAGUACCAGGGGCCCCGCCUCCUCCAGUGCCAGCUUGCUGAGUAAGACCCUCUCUCUGGAACCGUCCUGUUCACCAUGUGGCCUCCAGGGGGCGUUGGACGCAGACAGUCCUCAGUUGCUGAGCUCCAACAUGGCGCCCAGUUCUUUAGAGGAAGGGGCGGAGCUUGUGGAGUGCUGUGGCCCUGUGAUGGACACAGGCCCUGUGGAGCUGCCUGUGACCACAGUAACACCGACGACCAGGAGCCGCCCCCCUCUGCCAGGGCCCAAACCUCAGGUUCCCCCCAAACCCCCCCACCUUCAGCAGCAGGCAGGACUGUCAAGGCCCCGCCCCCGAGUUCCAGACAAAUCCCUCCCACCCCCACCGCCCUGCAGAGCCCUCCGAGCCGAUGGUACCGCCUCCCCCACCUGCGUCCUGUCACUCAUCGAGAAGUUUGAGCGGGAGCAGAUCAUUGUGGUGCCUGACAUUACUGGGGGGGCUCUGUGCCCCCGCUCACUGGAGCCCUCCUCUCCUCGACCGUCAUCACCCCUAUCAUCUACCUCACCCCCUCACUUCCUGCUUGAGGAAGAGGAGCUGCCCUGUGAGGCCACAGAACACGAUGACAUCACAGAGCGAGGGGGGAGGGAGGGGGAAGGGGAGGAGCUAUGUGAUGAUGUUGAUGAUGAGGAGGAAGAAGAGUUGGUGGCAGCAUGUUGCGACAAUAUCAGUCAGAAGCGUUUCUCCAUGGAGUCGGGUUACUGCGUCUCAGAGAGACACCUGGAGGACGAUGCUGUUGCUGUGGAAACAGGGGACCAGCAACCGCCACUGGUGCUCGACCAAUCAGAGCUGGCCUCUGAGCGUUUGUCCCUCCCCUCCUCUCAGACAGAUGGGAAGCUAGCCAAUCGGGACAGCGGCAUCGACAGCAUCAGCUCGCCGUCACACAGUGAGGAGCUCUGCUUCGCCAGCGUGGAGGACGGGGGCGUGGCUUAUCCUUGCAGUCCCGCCCUCUUGCCCCGCCUCUCCAGUUCAUCCUCCUAUGCUGGUGAGGGAGGAGAGGGGGAGGGACAAGAGGCUAGGGGAGGAGCAAGGAAGAGAAGAGAGUUCUCUGAAGAAGGAGACAGUGACCUGGAGGAGGAGGUGGAGCUUACUGUGGUGUUGGCCCCGCCCAAAACUGACAGACAAGACUCUGUUGAGCUGUCUGUCCAUCAGAGGGUCUUCAACAUCGCUAAUGAGCUGCUACACACUGAGACUGCCUACGUGUCAAAGCUCCACCUGCUGGACCAGGUUUUCUGUGCACGACUCCUAGAGGAGGCUCGGGUUCGCUCCUCCUUCCCCUGUGACGUUGUUCAGGGAAUCUUCUCCAACAUCUGCUCCAUCUACUGUUUCCAUCAACAGUUCCUGCUGCCGGCGCUGCAGAAACGCAUGGAGGAAUGGGACUCAAACCCACGAAUCGGUGACAUCCUGCAGAAGCUGGCUCCCUUCCUGAAGAUGUACGGGGAGUAUGUGAAGAACUUUGACCAAGCCAUGGAGCUGGUGAACACCUGGAUGGAGAGGUCGUCUCAGUUCAAGGCCAUUGUCCAGGAGACUCAGAGGGAGGAGCGCUGUGGGAACCUGACCCUGCAGCACCACAUGUUAGAACCGGUUCAGAGGAUCCCUCGCUAUGAGCUGCUGCUCAAAGAUUACCUGCACCGACUGCCAGAGGACGCACCUGAUCACAGAGACGCACAGAAGUCGUUGGAACUGAUCGCUACUGCAGCUGAACACUCCAAUGCUGCCAUCAGGAAGAUGGAGCGAAUGAGGAAGCUGCUGAAGGUUUACGAGUUGUUGGGAGGAGAGGAAGACAUCGUUAACCCCACUAAUGAGCUCAUCAAAGAGGGACACAUCUUGAAGCUGUCCAACAAGAACGGCACCACGCAGGACCGAUAUCUCAUCCUGUUUAACGACAGACUGCUGUACUGUGUCCCGAAGCUGCGUCUCAUUGGUCAGAAGUACAGCGUCCGCGCUCGCAUCGAUGUGGAUGGAAUGGAGCUGAAGGAGACGAGCAGUGCAGCUGUUUCCAGAACCUUCCUGGUGUCAGGGAAGCAGAGAUCCCUGGAGCUGCAGGCCCGAGCUGUGUAGAACUGGGGAAACGAGCUCCGACUCCCAUCAGAGAGAAGGAGGUGACGCUGUGCAUGAAGUGCCAGGAGCCGUUCAACUCCAUCACCAAGAGACGGCACCACUGCAAGGCCUGCGGACACGUGGUUUGUGGGAAAUGCUCCGAGUUCCGUGCUCGUCUGUCGUACGACAACAACCGGACCAAUCGUGUUUGUGUGGACUGCUACGUGACUCUGGUGGGCGCCUCGCCGUCGCCCGGCGGUCUGAGCAGCAGCAGCCAGAGGAGGCGCUCCAUUCUGGAGAAACAGGCCUCGCUGGCAGCCGAGAACAGCUUGAUCUGUAGUUUUCUUCAUCACAUGGAGAAAGGAAGUGGGCGGAGCUGGCAGAAAGCCUGGUUUGUCAUCCCUGAAAACGAGCCGCUGGUGCUCUACAUCUAUGGAGCUCCACAGGACGUGAAGGCACAGCGAAGCAUGCCUCUGAUUGGCUUCGAGGUCUCUCUACCUGAGUCAUGUGACCGCCUGGAGCGACGACACGCCUUCAAGAUCUCCCAGAGUCACCUGACCCUCUACUUCAGUGCAGAGGGGGAGGAGCUACAGCGCAGGUGGAUGGACAUCCUGUCCAAAGCUGGGAGAGGGGAGGAGCCUCUGAGCCACCAGCCAAUCGUGGAGAGUCUGGAGGAGGAGGGGGAGGAGCUUGCUGAUGAGGCAGAAGGGGACAACACCUGAUUCUGAUGAAGAACAAUGAUGAUGAAGGCAGAGUCUUAGGAAUCAGUCCUGAUUGGACGGCAGAACAAAUCCAGAACAGAUUUAGAACAAAUCCUGAACAAAGCCAGGCCUGAUCCAGAACCAUUUCAGAACCAAUGUAAAAUGAAUCCAGAACCAUUCCUGGACAACUCAAGAACCCAAGCUAGACUCAAACAAUGAAAACCAGGAAAUAUUUUUAACAGAUCAGAGUGUCCUUGAUUUCUGAAGUGUAAAAUGAACUGGACUGCCUUCAACAUCAGUUUAACUAACCUCAGUGUUCUUCUGCCUGACCAGAACCAGAACCAGAACCAGUCAUCAAAAAGCACAUUUAAUGAACUGUGACUCCAAAGCUGCUUUUCUGACAAGACCUCCUCAGAACUUUGACUUCCAGGUUCUGGAACUUUCUAGAACGUUGUUCAUUAGUUUGUAAU